UCAUUUAGGCUGUGGGGAUUGUGAAAUGGAUGGAUGGAGAGGGAGGGAGGAAGACGUGUUCAGUAUAUGAGGGAUCGAAGAAAGCCAGCUGCUCCCCUUGCGUUGUGCUGCUACUGACAUGGAUGUCAGAAGGGGCUGUUUGGAAAGUCACUGGCAACAUCCGAGGCCUUUGGUUUCCCACGCUGCCUUCUCAUGCUCCCCGUACUCUCCUCAUUUUCACACAGAGCUAUAAAUAAGCCCCACUGCCCCGAUCUGAUAGAGCAGCUAUGAAAAAGUGCUCUGGAAUGAACACUAUUUAGCUGUGAUUAUUAGUCCUUCCAGUAAAUCAUGUGAAUGGUGUGAUAAAUAGAGCAUUGCUAUGUAUGAGUCAAGCGCGUGCGUACAUGUGUGUGAUAGAGGGAGAGAGAGAGUGAGCGAGCGAGAGGUUAACUCCUGUAGAGGUUUUGGGGAGUUCCAGGGAGGAUUAAGAGUUUCAAUCUUUAGUGAUCUGCUUGUUUUUCUUCCAGCUUCUGCCACCCAGUAGCAGUGCCCCACAUAACCUUGCCGUUCUUUGUCUGGUUCCACAAUCUCACUGGAAACUGCAUGUGCCUUCAACUGUAAGCUAAUCUUACAAGAUACAGAUUAACUGGAUUUAUCUUUUAGUUGGGAGUAUAAAUUUGCAAAGAUGCCCAUCUUGAAGCAACUAGUGACAAGCUCAUCUCAGACCAAGCGACGCUCUCGCAUGGACCUUACCACGGAAAUGAUUAGUGCUCCGUUGGGAGAUUUUCGUCACACCAUGCAUGUGGGCAGGGGUGGUGAUGCUUUCGGGGACACUUCCUUUCUCAGCAGCCACUCUGGCGAGCCCCCACAAGAUGCCACUUCUAAUCCCCGCUCUCCCAAGCUGGGCCUACUGUCCAGAACCUUCAGAAGCAGCAAGCGGUCUCAGUCAGUCACUCGUGUGGACCAGCGAGACAACACACAACUACCCCCAAGUGACUCACCAAAGUAUGUGAAGAAUGCCUUGUCACUGCCUUUUCUGAAUGAUGAGGAUCGGGAUACUGAAGGCGGUAGGAUGCUCAAGAGCCUAGCAUCUAGUCCCAUGAAGCAGCAGGCCUCCAAUGGGGCAGCCGCUCAUGGCCUAGACCUGGAGCUCCACGAGAGGUCCUUCGGGGAGCUCACAGACUUGCGACCCUCUCUACCUUAUAAUGGAGGAGGCAUGAAACACGCCGAGUCAGUUAUGUCCUUUCAUGUGGACCUGGGGCCUUCUAUGCUAGGAGAUAUUCUAGGAGUCAUGCAGAAGGAAGAAGAUGACCUGGGCUUUGAGGAGGGCAAAAACAGCGAGGGUCAGGCUUCCCCUCUUCUCAGCCACCAAGGAGUACAAGAGGAGGAGGCAGAGGAAGAUGAGGAGGUGGAGGAAGAGGGAAUGAGAGGAGAGGAGGAGCAGGAGAUGGAUUUGGAGGUGGAACAUGACGCUACUCUUCAUGCCCCCAGUUCAGUAGACCUGGAAAUUAAAAGUGAGGUCAUCAGCACUCCUGAGCCUGAACACAAACAGUUGCUGCACUCUGACAGUUGCUCUGUCUCCAGCUCUGGCUCCCAAGCCGUGGAGGACAAACAACUCUGCCAGCCUUAUCAAGGAGACAUGGACAGUACCAACUACAGCUACCACCCUGGGGAGGAAGGAGCCUUCUCUGCCUUCUUGGAGGAUGAGGAUGAUGAGAUCCGUGUGUGAGACUCUAAGCCUUGUGGAAUCUGUAUGGGGAUAGAGACAUGUAAGCAAUUUCGACACUGUUAAUGAAAAUGAAGGUCUAUACCUGCUCCUGGACCCUGUGAGGGAAGUGAGCAAAACAUAUAUCUAAUGGCCCAGCAGAGGACCUCAUAGCACCACUGUCAGACAUGUUCACUCAGCCUGGGUCUGGCAGCUCCCACAUUUUGCCACUGAACAUGUCAGUGAUGAUGAGGAGACUCAUGAAGAUGAAGAAAAAAAAAUGUCAUUAAUGUCUUAACCUCAUCACUUGCCUUUGCAUCUUCUGAUUCCAACAUUGCGUAUUUGUGUAAAGGUUUUUGGUCAUGUGUACUACAAGUGCUGGCUAAUGGUAUCUCCUGACACAAGUAUAUUUUCACUACACAAUAAGCAGGCUCUUUGCUGAAGGUUUAAAAGGCGCAUGUAACUAAUGCUGGUGUGCCCACAGGACAUGUUGCAUAUCUGCCUGGCCUGUGGAUGAGUGCAAAAUCUUUGACAGUAAUUGCAACAUUGUAGUGCAUGUGAAGGGUUAUGCUUACACAUCCUGUUCGACACCGUCAUUAGGGCAGCUGACGGAGAAAGAUGGGGAAUCAUUCUGUAAUAAAAAUAACAAACCAGAACCUGAAACGGGUGCAGUGGCCAGAUGUUUUGUGUUCCGUUUUCCCUUCCACUAACUGUCCAUAAUUUUGCCGUGCUGACAGCUGGGAAGCUUCAUGUUAGGGGGAUUCAUGUUUGUAGAGGAUUUUGUAUAGACAUUGCAUGUGUGGUGUCGUUAUCUCACCACUUCCUUCCUCAUCACGUGACAGUAACUAUUUAGCUCUGCAGCUAGCUGGUUAAGAUGGUGGAGAAAUGUUUCUGUACCUCUGUAUUAAGGAACACUCUGUGAAAUUGGGUUGAAAUUGGGUUUUCCUACCUUGCUUUAUUAUAGCAAAUAAAAAGACACUGCACUAAUUAAGCUAAACUCAGUUUUGGUAUACAAGGCAGUGUGUUUCAGCACCACUGUAUAGUGUUAAUCACCUGGGUGAGGGACAGCUUGUACACUAACUUGUACUUAGUUUCUUUUAUCAUUUGUUCACAGAAGUCAUGUUGUAAAAUGUGAAUAUGUGAGGCCUUUACUGCUGCCCAGUCUGUGCUGGUGUGCUUGCCUAUUAUAGCUUACUCAUUUCUAUCUUUUGUAGGCUACAGAGACUAGCUGUUCUAAAAAAUAAAAUAAAAAAAAAGAUAAAAAAUAAAAUGCUGAGUUGUAAGAAAUCCUUGCAGAGCUUUUAGCAAUAGGGUUGUCUUCAGCCUUAAGUAGAUAUGACAAAAGUGCCAAAUUUAAUCUGCCAUGUAAUCCGAAGUAAAACUAGCAAUUUGUAUAUCAUCAAAGAAGGGAUUUUACAGUCUGGGUCCCUAAGUGACUUUAUUCAAAUAAGGGGCUCAAACCUCGUACUUAAUUCACUGAAUUGCUUGAGUGUAUUUGCUUAACCCGCAGAAGAGCAAAAUCACAGAAGUUCCAAGAUAUUUGCCUUUUUUUGUGUGGAAAAUCUGUUUUGAAUAUGAAAAAGUAAAUAUGAGGAAAUAGCUCCAGAUUUGCUGUGCCAGCUGAAUUUUAACAUUCAGAACACAAACAUUUAGCUAAUCUUUCUUAUUUAAAGUCCUCUUAUGCAUAUAUUUCUUGCUUGGAUGGCCUUGUUUUGAAAAUGCAACAUAACUAUAUUUUUCAAUAAAAUGAUAUCACCAA